UCGUGUAUAUAACCUGACUUGUAUUCAUGACUUACGCUCUAUUUAUAUGAAUUUUCUUAUUAUUUCCACACGAUUGGCUGAUAGAUGUCCAAUCUGAUUCAAUACAGAAAAAGAUGGCGCUCAGGAAUGCCUAAUAAAUUAGUCUUCUCAUUUAAAUGUUGAGCGCCAUCUCUUUGUUGUACUCUUUGGUUGUAACCAGUGGUAACCAUUCUCUCUUUGUGUUUUUUUUUUACUCUUUCUAUUUAAUUGUGGAGAGCUGUGAGUUCUGGGUUUUUGGUGGUUCUGGUCUGGUGAACUGGUGUUUGUUAGGCGACUGUUUAUGUACGUAUAUGUUAUGUUUACAAACACUUAGUAAUCGUGUAAAAAAGCAUGAAAAAAAUCAAAUGACUUUCGUACGUUUACGAAGGAAAGGAGUUAAUAUCGUGAGUUUUCUCUUAAUUCUUCUCAUUGUGGUGUCAUGGGGCCAUGUGAUAUAUAUUGGCAUACACAUGUCAGAUUGUAAAACCUGCAAUCAAGAAGUUUGCGAGUGAUAAUUUGGAUAAAAGGACGUUGGUAUUGCCCAACAAUGAGUUUCUCAGCCGAUGCUGCUACUUUCCAGGUACAGGAGCGCUUAAAAUCAUUGUACCAUUUGGUUCACGACAUUGAAGAAAAACGCAAAAUGAGUGAACAUAACUUAACAAAUAUAACAAAAGCUCAUGAGAAGAUCAAUCAAGAUGAAAAAGUUUCCCCAAAUUACCAGCAAAAGUUGAAAUCUCUGUAUACUGCAGCCGUAGCUGAUGCUGCUCAGGAGGAAGAUAAGAUCCGACAAGCUCUGGCAAAAAUCAAUGAGAUUAGAGUUAUCCGCAAUGAGCGCCGUAUCCAAGUACGGAAGGCUGGAAAUAAAGAGACAAUAGGCCGAGGAGCCCUGAUGCAAAUGUUGAAGACAUCUGCACCCACUUUACCACUUUGGGUGGGGAAAGUUGGGGAGAAGCCACCUCCCCUUUGUGGGGCUGUGCCAGCUGAUCCAUUCUACAUUGCAAAGCCAGGUGACAUGGUGGCAGCUCUAGUUGUGGGUGCUGAAGAAAACAAUUGGAUUUUAGCAGAGGUUGUGAGCUUCAAUCCCGCAACCAACAAAUAUGAAGUAGAUGAUAUUGAUCAAGAACCUAAGAACCGUCACAUAGUACUGAGUCGCCGCCAUGUGAUUCCACUGCCUUUGAUGCGGGCGAAUCCGGAAACUGAUCCCCAUGCACUCUUUCCCCAGGGAUCUGUUGUGAUGGCUCAUUACCCUCAAACAACGUGUUUCUACAAAGCUGUGGUGGAUAAGGUUCCAACCACUGCUACAGAGGAGUAUGGAUUACUUUUUGAAGAUAAAACCUAUGCCACUGGAUUUUCACCACCUGUCCCUGUACCACAACGUUAUAUCAUUUCCAUUAAUUUUAAAAAGAGUAAGCAUGUUUGUACUUAGUUGUAAUAUUUAUUGCAUUUGUGAAUAAAUGAUGUUCUUUAUGAUA